GCGCCACUGACGUACCGUAUCCAUCGUGGAUACCGAACCGAAAAAGUCAACAAGUAGGCGAAACAUGUUGAAACAUAACAUUUUCGAUACGGUUUGCGUGCAGAUGCAGAAAGUAUUGGAAAUUCGAUUAUUUUAUAUAGGCAGUAAAUUUCAAGUGAAACAGUAAGCAAAAACCCAACAAUCGACCAGAAAAUUUGGUACUGAUUUAAAUUAAAAAUAAGAUAAGUGAUAGUGAACUGAGUAGUAUUUUAAGCGAAAGUAAUUGUGACUGGGAAUUUAUUCGGAAAAGAACAAACUAUUGGUUGAAAAUUUGGCACUCGGCUGGUCAUAAGCUCUAAAAAUAAAUAAGCACAGAACGUCGAAAAUAUAAAGUCAUUUUUGCAAUCGGUAAUUUAAAAGGGUUGAUUCGAAGUAACAGCAACAGCAACAGCAACAGCAACAGCAACAGCAACAACAACAAAAACAGUCACACAGAUGUCGGAACGAAAAGCGGUCAUCAAAAAUGCUGAUAUGGGGGAGGAAAUGCAACAGGAUGCGGUCGACUGUGCGACACAAGCAUUGGAAAAAUUCAACAUUGAGAAGGACAUUGCGGCAUACAUUAAAAAAGAGUUUGACAAAAAAUACAACCCGACUUGGCACUGCAUUGUUGGUCGGAAUUUCGGUUCGUAUGUGACUCAUGAGACUCGGCACUUCAUCUAUUUUUACCUAGGCCAAGUUGCGAUUUUACUCUUCAAAAGUGGAUAGGCCGUUCGAUCGACUCAUUGAAUUGAGUAGACUCAAAUAAUCCGUUCCAAUUUAAAUAUUAUGUAUGCCAGACAUUUUUAUGUACAAAUCCCUGUAUUUGUUUCAUUCAAAUGCACCGUUUGACAUCGGAAUUUCUGUAUUAUUUCCAACAGCAAUAAUUUCCACAAAUCAAUUAGAAGCCUUCUGACAUUAAUCUUUUGUACCCGAAAAAAAAAUAGAAAACGCCAUCCUCAGUGUUAGUGCAUUUAGAGGCUCAUCGAGAAACAGAGUCCAUUUUGCCUUGGGCUCAAUUUGGCAAGAUUUCAAACGUCUGACUAAAUGACUCAUUCCUUCUGUUUUGAAUAAGAAACAAACAUGAAAAGAAAAUGGAAAAAUUUCCAUUUAAAAUGGAGAAAGUGACAAACAAAUAUAGCUUCUACAGCGUUUAAUUUGAAGAUGACGUCAAUUAAAUGUUUCACCAUAAUACCAUGAGCAAAAUAGACCAAAAAAAAACAUGUCAGUCGAAAUUAUGUUUAUUGUUAUUAGAUUUUAUUUUUAAAUUUAUAAGCCAACCAAAUGCAACUAUUUAUGAACACUUAAAUGGAACAUUCAGCCCAUGAACUUAAACCGAACACAUAACAGUGUUAUGAUAACACAAUGACUAAACAAACACACAAACACAUACACCACUGUGCUUAAAAAUGAAAUUCACAAGGCCAAUUUGGUUUCACUUCAGUUGAGUUAUCUUUCCGUUUAUUUUUUAACUGCAGGCGCAAGAAUAAUAACAAGAAAAACCCUUUAACCCUCUAAUGCAUACAACCGCCUCUAAACGGGCAACAUUUGAACGCCUGUAGAACGUUAACCGUACAUCGGAUCACAUUGCUUCAAAGGAAAUUUUUAUUCGUCAAUGUUUUUUUUUAAUUUUUGUCUUUGGCAAUAUUUGUCUAUGUAGUGUGAUUGUAAAGUUAUAAACAAAAAUGUGUGCAAAAACAAGAAUUUGACAAAACAAAUUAUUCGAAAUUCAAAUUAGACACAUUUUUGACACUUUAAAAUAAUGGAUUUGAUUGUUCUCUGAUUUAUGUCAAUCGCAUUUCCUGACUAAACCAUGAGGAAUCCAGGAUUAUGAAUAUUUUUUUAAUUAUCUAUGGCCAAAAAUCAACCAAGUACCAGUACUCCUAGCCCUGGGAAAAAUUAAUGCAUUGGAGGGUUGAAAUAACGUGACGGCCUGAGAAGAAGAACGUUUCCUACAAAACCUGUGCGCAGAACACAAACACAGAAAUUUUUUAGUCAAAAGGCGAACAGCAAAUUUGCGAGCGCAAAACCCUAAUAUAUUUACAGCGAGCAAAAAAGUAUAACAAGCCCACUAGCAUGCAAACUCCGUAUAAGUAAGCCUGUUAUGCUUUUGCGCUCGCUGUAAAUAUAUUAGGUUUUUGCGCUCACAAAUUGGCUAUUCGCCUUUUGACUAAAAAAUUUCGGUGUUUGUGUUCUGCGCACAGGUUUUGUAGGAAAGGUUUUUCUUCUCAGGCCGUCACGUUAUAGCUGUUUAUCAGUUUUUAUGUAAAACAUUAUAAUGCUCUUGUUUCGUUCUCUUUUUUUAUUGUUUUCAAUGUUGAUAUAUCUAUGUUAUAUGGUUAUAUGUGUACAAUACAAAAUUCAGCAAUUGCUGUGACAGAAAAACCAACCGAAAUUAUAAUAUUAUCGUUAUAAAUAUACAUAUAUAUAAAAACCCAUACAGAAAGCAACACCGGAGCAAAUACAUGCGAAUGGAAAUACUGUGAGAAUGGAAAUGUCUUAUGAAUAAAGUGAAUGUAGUGCACAAAACUUCUUUCAAUAAACCAUACGUAAUGUGAAGCAAAUCAUUUAAUCGUGCUUUUAUUAUUAUAAUAUACCACAUGAAUUGCCCGGAUCAUUUACUUGAAUCAGUUUUAAAUCUCUUCCUCUCUGUCCUUCUUCCCAGUUUACCUCACCCACUCAAUCACCAUCAAUCCACCCUGUGCAGCUUCAUUAUAGAUUGCAUUUUGCUAAAGGUAAAAAUAUUAAGCCAUUUCGAAUGCUUCGCUAGUUUCUUCACUCAGGCAUUCGAAUAAUCUUAAUUGCACAUUUAAUCCGUUUAAGUGUUGGAGCAUCAAUUAAGAUUUCCAACGCAAAGAUUUUCUGCUGUUAAUUGAAAUAAAAUUUUAUUACGUUGCAUGUUCAAACCAUUACCCAAGACUUCGAGUUUUAUACUUGCAGAUAUUAAAAUACGAAGUUUUUGGAACGCUUCUAGAUUUUGGCACCAAAUUUAAAAAGAAAACGGUUUGAUGAAAGUUUUUGGAUAAAAAUGUUGAGCAAAAUUUUCUUUUCGGUUUUUGGUAGAUGUGAUCGAUUCCGAUGAAAAUCCAC